CGCAAAACACUGAAUCGUGCAGCGUUUUGUUGCCAGGGAGGCAGAAUUGCCGUCCGUGAUGGUGUCCUUUAAAUUUGACGGCACCAAAUUCAAAUUCACGCUUCCGCUGCUGACCUUGGUGCUCCAGAUUAAUUUGCCGCCGGCAACGUCGGACGCCGCCAAAGAUGAGAUUCUGCUGCAGGUGUUCUCGACCCUGAAGGGCGCGCUCGAAAGUGUCCACCUCGAUUUGGACAACAACAUCGACGACAAAACAGACUUGGGCGGCGAUUUGACCAAGUUGGCCAACGUGGCCGAGGAGUUGCUCGACCUGACCGACGUGAAGAGCGAGAUGAGCGCUGCCCUGACCUCGGACGAGACCACCGUGGACAUCAUGAAGACCAUCGAGGACAUCCUGCAGUACUUUGACGACAACCCUGAGGUGGCCGACGACAGCCCUGACGACCUCCAACAGAUCGUGGACGUUGUGGACGAGAUUUUGUCCGUUUUGGACGAUGGCUCUUCGGACGGUGGCACAACCCCCAAGAAGAAAAGCAACACCACGGAUGCUCCGGACGACGAAACAAAAAAACCAAAAAAGAAACAGACCAACGACGAAGGGGACGGUGAAGACUCCAAACCAAAAAAGAAAAAGACGACCGCGAGUGAGGAUGACGAAGUGACCAAGGCCAAAAGCAGCACGACCGAGGAGGCAAAAACCAAGGCGGCCACCGCGAAAGCUUCGAGUGAUCAGGAAGUGACCAAGUCGGCGAAAAGCUCGACCACGGACGCACCCACCACUCUCAAAGGAACCACUAAAAAGAGCGAUGACAAUGAAGACGAUGGAGAAAAAAAAUCAGCCACAGGAAAACAACCGGUGGACAAUAAGGGUGACGAUGAAGAAGAUGCUUAAUAAAAAUCGUGCAAAUAUUUUGUCUUUUUUGCAAAAAAUAUAAUCAUUUCAAAA